AUGCACGCCCAUCAUGCACGUCCAUCAUGCACAUCCAUCAUGCACGCCCAUCAUGCACAUCCAUCAUGCACAUCCAUCAUGCACGCCCAUCAUGCACAUCCAUCAUGCACGCCCAUCAUGCACAUCCAUCAUGCACAUCCAUCAUGCACGCCCAUCAUGCACAUCCAUCAUGCACAUCCAUCAUGCACGCCCAUCAUGCACAUCCAUCAUGCACGCCCAUCAUGCACAUCCAUCAUGCACGCCCAUCAUGCACAUCCAUCAUGCACGCCCAUCAUGCACAUCCAUCAUGCACAUCAUGCAUCAUGCACGCACCAUCAUGCACAUCCAUCAUGCACGCCCAUCAUGCACAUCCAUCAUGCACAUCCAUCAUGCACAUCCAUCAUGCACGCCCAUCAUGCACAUCCAUCAUGCACAUCCAUCAUGCACAUCAUGCAUCAUCCAUCAUGCACGCCCAUCAUGCACAUCCAUCAUGCACAUCAUGCACAUCAUCAUGCACGCCCAUCAUGCACAUCCAUCAUGCACGCACCAUCAUGCACAUCCAUCAUGCACAUCCAUCAUGCACGCCCAUCAUGCACAUCCAUCAUGCACAUCCAUCAUGCACGCCCAUCAUGCACAUCCAUCAUGCACGCCCAUCAUGCACAUCCAUCAUGCACGCCCAUCAUGCACAUCCACAUCAUGCACAUCCAUCAUGCACAUCCAUCAUGCACAUCCAUCAUGCACAUCCACAUGCCAUCAUGCACGCACAUCAUGCACAUCCAUCAUGCACAUGCCAUCAUGCACGCCCAUCAUGCACAUCCAUCAUGCACAUCCAUCAUGCACAUCAUCCAUCAUGCACGCCCAUCAUGCACAUCCAUCAUGCACCAUCAUGCCAUCAUGCACGCCCAUCCAUCAUGCACGCCCAUCAUGCACAUCCAUCAUGCACAUCCAUCAUGCACGCCCAUCAUCAUGCACAUCCAUCAUGCACGCCCAUCAUGCACAUCCAUCAUGCACGCCCAUCAUGCACAUCCAUCAUGCACAUCCAUCAUGCACGCCCAUCAUGCACAUCCAUCAUGCCAUCAUGCACGCCCAUCAUGCACAUCCAUCAUGCACAUCCAUCAUGCACGCCCAUCAUGCACAUCCAUCAUGCACGCCCAUCAUGCCAUCCAUCAUGCAUCCAUCAUGCACGCCCAUCAUGCACAUCCAUCAUGCACAUCCAUCAUGCACGCCCAUCAUGCACAUCCAUCAUGCACAUCCAUCAUGCACGCCCAUCAUGCACAUCCAUCAUGCACAUCCAUCAUGCACGCCCAUCAUGCACAUCCAUCAUGCACAUCCAUCAUGCACCAUCAUGCACAUCCAUCAUGCACAUCCAUCAUGCACGCCCAUCAUGCACAUCCAUCAUGCACAUCCAUCAUGCACAUCCAUCAUGCACGCCCAUCAUGCACAUCCAUCAUGCACAUCCAUCAUGCACAUCCAUCAUGCACAUCCAUCAUGCACAUCCAUCAUGCACAUCCAUCAUGCACAUCCAUCAUGCACAUCCAUCAUGCACAUCAUGCACAUCAUCAUGCACAUCCAUCAUGCACAUCAUGCACAUCCAUCAUGCACAUCCAUCAUGCACAUCCAUCAUGCACAUCAUGCACAUCCAUCAUGCACAUCCAUCAUGCACAUCAUCAUGCACAUCCAUCAUGCACAUCCAUCAUGCACCCCAUCAUGCACCCCAUCAUGCACCCCAUCAUGCACCCCAUCAUGCAUCCAUGCACAUCCAUCAUGCACAUCCAUCAUGCACAUCCAUCAUGCACGCCCAUCAUGCACAUCCAUCAUGCACAUCCAUCAUGCACGCCCAUCAUGCACAUCCAUCAUGCACAUCCAUCAUGCACGCCCAUCAUGCACAUCCAUCAUGCACAUCCAUCAUGCACGCCCAUCAUGCACAUCCAUCAUGCACAUCCAUCAUGCACGCCCAUCAUGCACAUCCAUCAUGCACAUCCAUCAUGCACGCCCAUCAUGCACAUCCAUCAUGCACAUCCAUCAUGCACGCCCAUCAUGCACAUCCAUCAUGCACAUCCAUCAUGCACGCCCAUCAUGCACAUCCAUCAUGCACGCCCAUCAUGCACAUCCAUCAUGCACGCCCAUCAUGCACAUCCCUCAUGCACAUCCAUCAUGCACGCCCAUCAUGCACAUCCAUCAUGCACAUCCAUCAUGCACGCCCAUCAUGCACGCCCAUCAUGCACAUCCAUCAUGCACACCCAUCAUGCACGCCCAUCAUGCACGCCCAUCAUGCACAUCCCUCAUGCACAUCCAUCAUGCACGCCCAUCAUGCACAUCCAUCAUGCACAUCCAUCAUGCACGCCCAUCAUGCACGCCCAUCAUGCACAUCCAUCAUGCACGCCCAUCAUGCACAUCCAUCAAGUAUGUAUAAAUGGAACAAAAUUGGUCAACAUGUAA